AUGUCUGGUCGCGGCAAAGGCGGAAAGGGUCUGGGCAAGGGAGGCGCCAAGCGCCACCGCAAAGUCCUUCGUGAUAAUAUCCAGGGCAUCACUAAGCCUGCCAUUCGGCGCCUGGCUCGUCGCGGUGGUGUGAAGCGCAUCUCUGGGCUCAUCUACGAGGAGACCCGCGGGGUGCUGAAGGUGUUCCUGGAGAACGUGAUCCGGGACGCGGUCACCUACACCGAGCACGCCAAGCGCAAGACUGUCACCGCCAUGGACGUGGUCUACGCGCUGAAGCGCCAGGGCCGCACCCUCUACGGCUUCGGCGGCUGA